GGGGCCGCGCAUGCGCAGUGCCGGCACCCGCCGUCCCUCCUCCUCCUCCUCCUCCUCCUCUCGGGCAGGCGGCGGCGGCUGCUGCGGGGCCGCGCGGAGCCUUCUCCACCCGCUCGCCAGGGCCGCCCAGGCCGGACUCCCAGGCCGGAUAUGGCUCGUGGACAGCAGAAGAUUCAGUCACAGCAGAAAAACGCCAAAAAGCAAGCUGAGCAAAAAAAGAAACAAGGACAUGAUCAGAAGGCUGCAGCCAAGGCUGCCUUGAUAUAUACCUGCACUGUCUGUAGGACACAAAUGCCGGAUCCCAAGACCUUCAAACAGCACUUUGAAAGCAAGCAUCCUAAGACUCCACUUCCUCCAGAAUUGGCUGAUGUUCAGGCGUAAAGUUGUCUACAGGUGAAAUCAUGGCACCUAUUGACUCUUCUACUGUCAGACCUUACAUAACAAACCUGCAGCUGCUUUUCUAAAACUGUUGAUCAGCAAAAAUGAAGGGGCUACAGAAACAUUCAUAUUUUUAUGCUGUUCCCUCUUGGGCUUCAUGCAAAGACAAUUCUGUGUAAAUGUACAGUUGUGCCCUAUUUGGAAAUCCUGAAAAAUCAGUCCAUACUUGUUAUAAAAAAUUUUUUACAAUUGUAAUUAUAUUGAUGUUCAUAUUGUGUAAAAUAACUCAUUUAAUAAAGUAGUACUUUGAUUUUACAAUA